CGUUUCAAUUUUGGAACAGAAAGGUCCCCUCUCACUCCCCGAUCAGAGACUCACCUCUACCUUCUCCAUCGCCGAGUUACUCCCGUCGGCCAGAGGGUGCCGUCGCUGCCGGACUAGCCUCAACCGAGCCUCCUACUUCUCAGGUCGACAUCGCUCACGUGCAAAGAACCCCCGGGCACGUUCGUUUUCUCGUCGGCGCUCUUCGUUUCUCCACCGCCGUCGUCCUCUUCUCGGCGUUUCGGUGGUUCGUUCUCUCCUUGGCAUCUCUCCCUCUUGUUUCCUUUAAACUAGAAGUCAGGGAAUCAAAAUGUCGCGAAGAUAUGAUAGCCGUACAACAAUCUUCUCCCCUGAAGGACGUCUUUAUCAAGUGGAGUAUGCAAUGGAGGCUAUUGGAAAUGCUGGUUCUGCCAUAGGGAUCUUAUCAAAAGAUGGUGUCGUGUUGGUUGGCGAAAAGAAGGUAACAUCCAAGCUGCUGCAAACCUCUUCAUCCACCGAGAAAAUGUACAAGAUUGAUGAUCAUGUUGCAUGUGCUGUUGCCGGGAUAAUGUCGGAUGCCAACAUCCUCAUCAAUACAGCUAGGGUCCAAGCACAACGCUACACAUAUGCCUACCAAGAGCCCAUGCCUGUUGAACAGUUGGUUCAGUCUCUUUGUGAUACUAAGCAAGGAUACACCCAAUUCGGUGGUCUUCGACCAUUUGGGGUCUCAUUCCUGUUUGCAGGUUGGGAAAAAAACUUUGGCUUUCAACUCUACAUGAGUGAUCCUAGUGGAAACUAUGGCGGUUGGAAAGCAGGAGCUAUCGGUGCAAACAACCAGGCGGCUCAGUCAAUACUGAAACAGGACUACAAGGAUGACAUUACGAGGGAAGAAGCCGUGCAACUUGCAUUGAAGGUAUUAAGCAAGACUAUGGACAGCACAAGCUUGACCUCAGAGAAGAUAGAAUUAGCAGAGGUUUUCCUCUCACCUUCUGGAAAGGUCAAGUAUGAAGUUUGCUCCCCAGAGGCAUUGAAUAAACUAUUGGUGAAGUUUGGGGUGACUCAACCAGCAACAGACACUGCCUAAGUGCCUAGUUUGCUCUGCUCUUCCAUUUCUGAUGCAGGUUUAAUCAAUGACGAUGCUUUUAUUUUUGUAAUGCAAGUGACAUUGUAUUUGCUACACCUGUAAUUGACUUUCAACACAGAUUGAUGAUAUUUGCUUUCUUGUUGUGGACCUAUGAUGAUUUAUUGAACUUUCAAUUA